AUGGAUGUUUUUCUUUUAAAACCAGCUAUUAUUUGUAUUCUUUUUUAUAUAACAUGCUUUGGUCUUGGAGAAUUAGGUCCUAUUGGUACAUUACAAAUGUGUACAUGUGUCUAUGAAAAUGGUUUAAUGAUUAAAAAUUAUGGUCCAAUGGGUUUCUUUUUUACUGUCACAAGUUUGUUAUGUUUUGCUAAUUCUUGGAAUCGUGGAGCUUUUGUCUCACCAUUAGCACCAUUUGAAAUGUUUUUUUAUAAAACAAUUAAUCUUAAAAAAUUUGUAACUGUUGUAUGUGGACAAUUUUUAGGUGGAGCAUAUGCUUUCUUUUUAGCUAAAAUGUUAUGGUUUUAUACAAAAAAUUAUAGUGAAGAACAUGAAUUUGCACUUGAAAGUACCAAAAAUUGUAUUCUUGGAUUUAAAGUUAGUUAUAUAUUUGUUCUUCUUUUUGAAAUUACUGGAUGUUUUUGUAUUCGUUUGAUAAUCUCAAAAUUACCUGAAAAAGCUAAAUUUUUUGCCAUACCAAUGACUAUUGCUGGUUUCUUAACCCUUGGUGUUGUAUAUAUUGGUGUUGGUGGACUUAAUCCAACAGUUGCUGCUAGUAGAUUAUUUGGUUGUGCUGGUUUAGAUACUGUUUGGUUUAUUAUAACAUAUUGGAUUGCUCCAAUUAUUGGUUGGAUGGCUGCUGCUCAUCUCAUUCAUACAGGACUUCUUAAAAGUGGUAAAAAAAAUUCAAAAAUUUAUAGAAAACCAUCAUCUUCCAGAAAAAAUAAUGAAACAACUGGUAAUAAAAAAUCUAAAAAAGGAAAAAAGAAGAAGGAUAACUAA